GGAGGUGGGGCGAGGAGCGAGCGACAGCUGGCUGAUGCGGCUGGACAGGCAGACAGAGCAGGCAUGCAGCAAGCUGCUGGCCAUGCCGCAGCUGGCAGGGGGUUUCAACCUUGUCGGCCUCUCUCAGGGAGGUCUGAUUGCUCGAAUGCUCAUCCAGUCAUGCGACGGCCUGCCUCCUGUGCAUUCUUUUGUGUCUAUCGGAGGGCCGCAGGCCGGAGUUGCCUCAACGCCGCAGUGUGUGCUGCACUCGGUGUGUCGGCUCAUUGACUCCGUGCUGCAGUUCGGCAUCUACUCUGACAUCGUGCAGAACCUGGUUGCGCCAUCCGGCUAUGUCAAGAUUCCCACGGACAUCUCAGGGUACCUGGCGGGCUGCAAGUACCUGCCGCGGGUCAACAACGAGCUGGCCUCUUGCCGCAAUGCCACCUACGCAACUCGCAUGCGCACCGUGCACCGUGUGGCGCUUAUAAAGUUCACGGGCGACACUGUGCUCUUCCCACCAGAGACUGCCCACUUUGGCUUCUUCGCGCCCAAUGACUUCAACACCAUUCUUCCCAUCAAUGAGACCGCUCUGUACAAGGAGGACUGGGUGGGGAUGCGGUGGCUGGUGGAGGCGGGGCGAGUGGACUUCAUAUCGGUGCCUGGAAACCACCUCUGGCUCACGCGCUCCAUCGUAGAGAAGCAUGUUGUGCCCUACCUCAAACUGCCACACGGACAGAGCAGCAUGUGAUGCGAUGCAAUGCGAUGCGAUGGUAUGGGAUGGUAUGUAUUGUCAUGUGAUGCCGUGUAAUGACAACAGCUGUGGUUGUAUCUGGCCCAAGUUGUAACCGGAGUCUUCAGUUGAGGCUAGUUUACUGUUGGAAAUAUCUCAAAGGACUUCAGCGUUUCUGAAGUGUAACACUACACUCGAGGAAGAUCACAACGGGUACGCGAGUCAACGGAGGUUACUCGAGGGAUGGACAAAGAACGCGAAGGGACAUGAAGGGUCGCAACUGGAGGUUGUGACUGACCGUUACAACAGCGCGGAUGGUAACCGAAGCGACAAUCG